CUCCCUAUUUGCCAUUCCUCAACUUGAAACGUGACAUUUUCGAAAAGGAUGGUGUGAAAAAGCCCAAGAAUAUAAUGUUUUGGUAGAUACCUAAAGUCGUAAUUAUUCUCAAACCCUGAACCUAAUUCCACAAUCACCCUUCCUUUUUUUACUCUAAAAUUGACCAGCCGUAUAAAAAACGCCAAUACUGCCUUUUAUUCGCAGUCCGCCUACCAUCAUAAUCAGCCUUAGAGAGGAACCGAACAAAGAACCUAACAUUUUCACAAUCCCUCUCUAACGCUUUCAAUCUCAUUUUCCAUGGCGGUCUCUGAAAACUCCCGAAAAUCUCUUCUUCCAAGUUUUCUUUACUCCACCAAUGGCUUCUCAUCUCUUGAGCAAGUCGCCGUCAAUAACCGCAUCUCUAGCCCUAAUUUUUCAGAAAAUGGACCGUCCAAAGUUUCCAGUUUUAUGAUUCCUUCUGCAAGUGAGCCGUCUAAGAAGAUUGAGAUGUAUUCGCCGCAGUUUUACGCUGCUUGUACUGCUGGUGGUAUUCUUAGCUGUGGUCUUACUCAUAUGGCUGUCACGCCUCUUGACCUUGUCAAAUGUAAUAUGCAGAUUGACCCAGCCAAGUACAAGAGUAUCAGCUCUGGAUUUGGUGUUUUGCUCAAGGAGCAGGGAGCCAGGGGCUUCUUUAGGGGCUGGGUGCCUACCCUUCUUGGUUACAGUGCUCAGGGUGCCUGCAAAUUCGGAUUCUAUGAGUUCUUCAAAAAGUACUACUCUGAUAUUGCUGGCCCCGAGUAUGCUGCCAAAUAUAAGACUUUGAUCUACCUUGCUGGUUCAGCAUCAGCUGAAGUGAUUGCUGAUGUUGCCCUUUGCCCCCUUGAGGCUGUAAAAGUGAGGGUACAAACCCAGCCCGGUUUUGCUAGAGGAUUGUCUGAUGGGCUUCCCAAGUUUAUCAAGUCUGACGGAAUUGGCGGGCUAUACAGGGGAUUGGGUCCACUUUGGGGUCGCCAAAUUCCAUACACAAUGAUGAAGUUUGCAUCAUUCGAGACUAUUGUUGAGUUGAUUUACAAACAUGCAAUCCCCAUUCCAAAGAACGAAUGCAGCAAGCCUUUGCAGCUUGGAGUGAGUUUUGCUGGUGGAUAUAUUGCUGGUGUUUUCUGUGCUGUUGUCUCUCACCCUGCAGACAACCUUGUUUCUUUCCUCAAUAAUGCCAAAGGAGCCACUGUUGGUGAUGCUGUGAAGAAGAUGGGUUUGUUGGGUCUUUGUACUCGUGGACUUCCUCUUCGUAUUGUCAUGAUUGGUACCCUCACCGGAGCACAAUGGGGUAUCUAUGAUGCAUUCAAAGUUUUUGUCGGGCUGCCAACAACUGGUGGUGUAACCCCUCCAGCAGCUACCACCGAAACUGCCCCUUCCAAGGUAUGAUGUUGACGAGAGGAGAAUUUCGUGAACCAGUUUUUGAUGCAGCGUAGGAGUUUUAAUAAAAAUGAUUGCCAAUAUAACUCACGGGAUAGUGAGAGAUUUUUUGUCGUCUUAAAAACCUUUUCAUUUCAUGACUAUCGUUGAAUCUUACAGUAGCUUGGGUAGUAUUUAUGAGGAUGAUUUUGAGACAUCUCGAGUAUGCGUAUUCUAGCCUUCAUUUUAUGACAUUGCCCCAAUAGCAAGCAUAAUUGACAGUAUAAUUUUGGGGGUUUAUACUUUUGUUCAAUUCUUUACUACAGCUGUUAUUGCUGUUAAGAUUAUGACAAUAUUUGUUUUUAUUCUUCUCUAAGAAA